GUUCUCAAUCACCCAAAGCAUCGGCAAAAUCAGAUCCAAAGCAGCAAUAUUUCAGACCACUCAACCAUGGCAUCUCAAACUUUGCUCUCUCUUCUUUUGGUCACUGUCUUCCUAUCAGGGGCUAAUUCAGCCACAUUCACAUUCACAAACCGUUGCCCCUAUACAGUUUGGCCAGGAGCCCUAACUGGGAGUGGUGCACAAUUAUCUUCAACCGGAUUCGAGUUAGCAUCCGGCGCCUCCUCGUCUUUGGAUGUCCCUUCUCCAUGGUCCGGCCGCUUCUGGGGUCGAACCCAGUGCUCCACAGAUGCCUCAGGAAAGUUUAUUUGUGGCACUGCAGACUGCGGCUCUGGUCAAGUUGCAUUCGGAUGCAAUGGUGCUGGUGCAAUCCCACCAGCAUCGUUGAUAGAAUUAACUCUGGCCCCGGGUGGAGGGCAAGAUUUCUACGAUGUUAGUCUCGUUGACGGCUUCAACGUGCCUCUCGAAUUAGCCCCACUAGGAGGGUCUGGUGGAUGUAGCACCACAAGCUGCCCAGCUAAUGUCAAUAGUGUUUGCCCUGCAGAAUUGGCCGUAAAAGGGUCAGAUGGGGGUGUGAUUGCAUGCAAAAGUGCAUGUUUGGCUUUCAACCGGCCGGAUUAUUGUUGCACCGGCACAUUCGGGAGCCCUAAUACAUGCCCUCCUACCGAUUAUUCAAAGAUAUUCAAGAGCCAGUGCCCUCAAGCUUAUAGUUAUGCUUUUGAUGAUAAAACUAGCACUUUCACGUGUACUGGUGGACCUAACUAUGCGAUCACUUUUUGUCCUUGA